AUGAACGAUUCCAUGUCUAAAUUAGCAGACCAGCUUGACGCAAAGAGUGAUGAUGUCGACCAUGUUGUGUCUGACCCUAGUCACAAAUCAGAGGAGCUUCCUCGACAAUUCUCUCUUUUUUCCACUCUUGCAUUUGGUUUCAGCAUGACCAACUCCUGGCUUGGCUACUCAGCGACAUUUAUCACACCACUCCUGUUGGGUGGGAGUCCGACUGUGUUCUUUGGUCUAAUUGCUGCGUCCAUUGCGAGUUGCUUUAUCACGGCGGGUUUGGCGGAACUCGCCUCAGCAUAUCCAUCAAGCGGUGGGCAGUACCACUUUGCCUAUAUGGUUAGCCCUCCAAAAUAUCGCACUCUGGUAGCCUUUAUUAUGGGGUGGUUAAGUGUGGUGGCGUGGGCCCUCACCAGUGCGUCCACUGCCCUUGUUUGUGCUCAAAUGAUCGGGAGCUUGGCCGGCAUAUACAACCCAUCUUACAUUGGCGAAGCUUGGCAGACGUGGAUGAUAUAUGUCCUCUUGGUAUUGAUUGCUACAGGGAUUGUCUGCCUUUUGCCAUCAUGCCUUCCUCGAGGGGAAAUGGUGAUGUUUGUGAGCAGCUUUCUUGGGUUCAUCGCCAGCUUUAUCGUUGUUUUAGCAACACAGAAGCAUACACAGUCCGCCAAAGCAGUGUUUAUUGACUUCAAGAACAACAGUGGCUGGAGUGACGGUACAUCUUUCAUCAUCGGGCUUGGGACAUGUAUGUAUGCAUUUCUGGCCAUUGAUGGGGCGUGCCACAUUGCAGGGGAACUUCCCAACCCCAGAUCUGAUGUUCCCCGUGCUAUGGGGCUGACUAUGCUCAUUGGCAUGAUGACGGUCAUCCCGUGGACAGUUGUGUUUCUGUUCUCUAUCACGGACAUAGACGCUGUUGCUUCUUCCUCGAUUCCGGUCUAUACGAUCUAUUUGCAAGCCACGCAAAGUCAGUCCGCGGCCACUGUACUGACAGUGUGGAUUCUUUUCGUUUAUUUCGGUGCGCUGGUAUCGUGCAUAGUGACAACUGGGAGACUCGCAUAUGCCUUUUCCCGGGAUGGAGGCCUUCCAUGCGCAGGGUUCUUUGCUCAAAUUCACCAUAAGUACCACGCUCCCGUCAAUGCGACUGUCGGAUGUGCAGUCGUGAUAAUAACUUACGGCUUAAUCUAUAUUGCGUCGGUUACAGCAUUCAAUAGCUUCAUAUCUAUGUCCAUCCUGUCGCUCAAUUUGACCUACGCUCUGCCACAGGCGAUUCUGUUGGUCAGGGGUCGGGAACGAAUUCUCCCGAAGCGUCCGUUUAACUUGGGUCAUUAUCUUGGACCAAUCUGCAACGCAUUUUCGAUCAUCUGGGUGCUUUUCAUCACUAUCUUGUUCUGCUUUCCAACAUCCGUUCCGACCACAACAGUCAGUAUGAACUAUGUCAGUGUGGUUAUCACUGGGAUCUCACUAUUGAUUAUGGUAUCGUGGUGGGGAGGCAAAAGAAAAACAUUCUCUGGGCUAACAAUUGAGAUACAAGGGCUCGAGGUUGCACCCCAAGAUAAUCAUUUGUCUUCAAGCAUCCCGUCAACAGGCAACACCAGCAGCAGUCACUGA